GUUCUUAGCCCUUACCCGUUUGCCACUUACCUUUCUGUCUCUCUCGAUCCCGGCGAAAUCCAAGCGUAGAAUAUCAGGCAACCGGCAGCUUAUUUCCACUGUUCUUGGUGGAAAAUUCACAUUCUAAUACGUGCUCUCUUUGCUCCAGUCUUAGCUGAUGGGAUUUGGGAAUAGAGGAAUCGUUGCUGACAAAUGGUCAGGGAGGCUUUUAUGGGUCUGUGCAAUUGGAAGUGCAAUUGGCUUCUAUAUGGUUGCUGUGGAAAGACAAACUCAGAAUAGAGCAAAAAUGAUGGCUGAAGCACUGGCGGAUGCAGGAUCAAGUAUAGAUGCCAGUGAGAAAAGUUGAAUACUAUGGGACUUAUAAUGCUAAUACAUUUCCAUUAGACGUCUUUUCUUAUCAUUUGGCUGGAAACUAUUCUGUUGUAAUAAGUACUCGCGAUCCUCAUAAACGAAAAGACAUUGCUGAACAAGAGUUAUCUAUACGAUCAAUCAUCAAAAUGAUAACUACAUGUAAUCGUUCAAAAAA